CAGUGGUGGCGGCGUGUUUUUUUUUUACCAUCUUCUCCCGGGGACGGUCUGCGGAUCGAGCACAAAGUUGAGAAUAUGGCGGCGGCGGGGGAGCGACGGACCGGCUCCGCGCUCCGACGGACGCUGGGCACCGGCUCGUGGAGUUUCCUGAAGUGGGGCGUCAUGCUGGCGCUGUGUGUGUCCAUGUGCGGGUGGCCCGGAGCCCAGGGCAAGGAGUGUGAGAAGCGGUGUGUCCACGGGAACUGCAGCGCGGCGGGCGGACAGUGCGUGUGUGAAGCUGGCUGGGUCGGGGAGCUGUGUCAGCACUGCGGCGGCAGGUUCAAAUUAACUGGGCAAUCUGGAUAUCUUACUGAUGGACCUGGAAAUUAUAAAUACAAAACAAAGUGUACUUGGCUUAUUGAAGGACAGCCAAGCACAAUACUGAGGCUUCGAUUUAUUCACUUUGCCACAGAGUGCAGCUGGGACCAUUUAUAUGUAUAUGAUGGGGACUCUGUCUAUGCACCGUUAUUAGCAGUGUUCAGUGGCUUAAUCGUACCCGAGAAGAAUGGGAAUGUGACUGUACCUGAAGUUGUUUCAAGAUCUGGUUAUGCUUUACUGCACUUUUUCAGUGAUGCUGCCUAUAAUCUAACUGGAUUCAACAUAGCAUAUAGUAUCAAUUCCUGUCCAUUUAACUGCUCAGGCCACGGAGAAUGCCUGGCAGAUACUGACAACAGCACUGUGUACUGUGUGUGCAAUGAAUACUGGAAAGGAGAAGCUUGUGAUGUCCCUUACUGCAAAGACAAUUGUGGGUAUCCACAUCAUGGAAAAUGUGACCUGAAUGAUACCAAAGCGUGUAUAUGCAAUGAUAGCUGGCAAGGUCCUGACUGCUCAUUGCCUGCGAAUCAGCCUUUUUGGGAUUGGAAAGAAUAUGAGGUACCUAUGCUUGCCCGGGCAUCUCAUAAGGCUGUCGUCAGUGGUGAUAUCAUGUGGGUUAUUGGAGGCUACGUGUUUAAUUACUCAGAGUACCAGAUGGUUGCAGCAUAUGAUCUGAAGGAUCUGAAAUGGUUUCCAUUGAAUAAAUCUGCAAAUGUGGUCGUUGGGAGAUAUGGGCAUUCUGUGGCUUUGUACAAGGAUAAAAUUUAUAUGUAUGGAGGUAAAAUCGACUCGACAGGGAAUGUCACAAAUGAGCUUUGGGUGUUUCACACUCAGAAUCAAUCAUGGAUGCAGCUGAUUCCAAAGGCUAAGCAACAGUAUGCAGUUGUUGGCCACUCUGCACAUAUUGUGCACUUGAAAGAUGGUCGUGUUGUGAUGUUGGUCAUCUUCGGAUACUGUCCGCUUUAUGGAUACAUCAGCAAAAUACAAGAAUACAAUCUUGGUAAAGAUACAUGGGAUAUACUGCAAACAAGUGGGGCCUUGGUUCAAGGAGGAUAUGGUCACAGCAGCGUUUAUGACCCUAACACCAAAGCAAUUUACAUUCAUGGUGGAUACAAAGCUGUUAGCGCUAAUAAGUAUGGCCUUACGGAUGACCUGUACAAGUAUGAUGUGGAUGUGAGUACUUGGACAAUCUUGAAAGAUCGAGGUUUCUUCCGUUACCUGCAUACUGCCAUUAUUGUAAGCGGAACCAUGUUGGUUUUUGGUGGGAAUACUCACAAUGACACUUCAAUGAGCCAUGGAGCUAAGUGCUUCUCUUCGGACUUCAUGGCUUAUGAUUUGGCUUGUGACGAGUGGUCUGUACUGCCACCACCUGAUCUUUGUCACGAUGUCAAUCGGUUUGGUCACUCAGCUGUAUUCACCAAUGGCACAAUGUACAUUUUUGGUGGGUUCAACAGCCUUCUGCUAAGUGAUGUUCUGAUGUUCACACCAAGCAGUUGUGAAUCUUUUAUUGAUGAAGCGGCAUGCGUUGGGGCAGCCCCAGGAGUCCGGUGUGUAUGGAAUACCGACAUGUUGCAAUGUGUACCCUGGGAAAUAGCAUCUGCAGGGGAGGCACGUCAGAUUCUUGAUAAGUGCCCCAGCAAGACAUAUGCAGAUAAUGAAAAAUGUGAUCAGUAUACUGAUUGCUACAGCUGUACAGUGAAUACAAAUGGCUGUCAGUGGUGUCAUGAUAAGUGUCUGUCGAAGAACAGUAACUGCACAGAAGCCACUGUAUUAAUCUGGGAUUAUGAAGCUUGCCCAAAAGAUAAACCAGAGUAUGUUUGUAAUAAACUGACUAGUUGUAAAAGCUGUGCCAUGGACCAGAACUGUCAGUGGGAAGCCAGGAACCAGGAGUGCAUCCCAUUACCUGAAACCAUCUGCGGGGAGAGCUGGCACUUGGUAGGAAACUCGUGUUUGACCAUCACCACUGCAAAAGAAAACUAUGAUAAUGCUAAGUUGUUCUGUCGGAGUCAAAAUGCAGCACUUGCCUCACUUACAUCACAGAAAAAAGUUGAAUUUGUUCUCAAGGAAUUGCAGAUAAUGCAUGUGUUGCACAAAGCUACUAUAACCCCAUGGGUUGGAUUACGAAAAAUUAAUGUUUCGUAUUGGUGCUGGGAAGACAUGUCACCCUUCAUGAACACAUCAUUGCAGUGGAUGAUGGAGGAGCCAAGUGAUGCAGGAUUUUGUGGUUAUUUGGCAGAACCUUAUUUUGCGAGUUUGAAAGCAGCUACUUGCAUCAAUCCAGUAAAUGGAAGUGUGUGUGAAAGACCAGCGAACCACAGUGCGAAGCAGUGCCGCUCACCUUGUGCAUUGAGAACAACCUGCACUGAAUGCACUGGUGGCAACUCUGAGUGUAUGUGGUGCAGCAACAUGAAGCAGUGUGUGGAUGCAAAUGCAUAUGUGCCUUCCUUCCCCUUUGGCCAGUGCAUGGAGUGGUACACGAAGAACAGUUGUCAAGCUGAAAAUUGUUCUGGUUAUCGAACAUGCAGUGACUGCUUGGAGCAGCCAGGAUGUGGUUGGUGUACUGACCCCAGCAAUACAGGCAAGGGACAGUGUAUAGAAGGAUCUUAUCGAGGACCAGUGAAAAUACCUGCAACAAAUACUCCUUAUGUACCAGUUUUGAAUGUCAGCAUGUGUCCAGCAGAAACCAAGUAUAACUGGUCCUUUAUCCAGUGUCCAGCUUGUCAGUGUAAUGGCCAUUGCAAGUGUGUUAAUGAAAGCAUCUGUGAAAAAUGUGGUGACUUAACAACUGGCAAACACUGUGAAACAUGCAUCUCUGGUUAUUAUGGAGAUCCUACGAAUGGAGGGAGUUGCCAAUCUUGCAAAUGCAAUGGACACGCAACCAUCUGCAAUACCAAGACGGGGAAAUGUUUCUGCACGACAAAAGGAAUCAAAGGCGACAAGUGUCAACUAUGUGAUGUUGAAACACGAUACCAGGGUAACCCACUGAAAGGAACCUGUUACUAUACUCUACUGAUUGACUACCAGUUCACAUUCAGCCUCUCUCAAGAGGAUGACCGUUACUACACUGCCAUCAACUUUGUAGCCACUCCUGAGGAACAAAACAGAGACUUGGACAUGUUUAUUAAUGCGUCAAAGAAUUUCAACCUCAACAUAACGUGGUCUAGUAGCUUUUUAGCGGGCACACCACCUGGAGAAGAAAUGCCAAUCGUUUCAAAAACCAAUAUUAAGGAAUACAAGGACAGCUUCUCCAAUGAGAAGUUUGAUUUUCGUAACAAUCCCAAUAUAACUUUCUUUGUGUAUGUCAACAACUUCACCUGGCCCAUAAAGAUACAGAUUGCCUUUUCGCAGCACAGCAACUUUAUGGACCUUGUGCAGUUCUUUGUCACGUUUUUCAGUUGUUUUCUGUCGUUACUGUUGGUGGCUGCUGUGGUGUGGAAGAUUAAACAGAGCUGCUGGGCAUCAAGGCGGAGAGAGCAACUUCUACGUGAGAUGCAGCAGAUGGCCAGUCGCCCUUUUGCCACUAUCAGUGUCGCCUUGGAGACAGAAGAGGAGCCACCAGAUCUCAUUGGUGGAAGCAUCAAGAGUAUCCCUAAACCCAUUGCAUUAGAGCCGUGCUUUGGCAAUAAAGCAGCUAUUCUCUCAAUAUUUGUACGAUUACCAAGAGGAGUAGGAGGAAUACCACCACCGGGACAGUCAGGUCUUGCUGUAGCCAGUGCAUUAAUUGACAUUUCCCAGCAAAAGUCAAUGGAUCACAAAGAGAAGUCUGGAGCCAUGCGGAAUAGAAAACACCUUCCACCUGCACAACCGGGCACCUGCAUUUGACAGUUCAAAACCUCAUUUUGUCAAUCUCUGAAGGAUUUUUUUUUUAAACUUAGCUUGCGGUGCCAGUCCACUUCCAUUCUGAGAUUGUGGCCGAAAAAGACGAAAACCAUUUUGAGAAAUCCGUAUCUCUUCAUCUUGUCCCUCUGCAUGUGUGAGAUUUGCUCGCUGAAGAUUAUGUACUAGUGUCUAUGUUUCCAAGACGGAGAUUCUCAUCAUGUAAUGUCCUUUUUACUUUGCAUUCACUUUGUGAAAUCCCAUUCAAGGUCACACUGUCCAGAGAAAGAGGAAGCGAUGAUCAAAAGCAAUAUCUGUUUUAUACACCUUUUUAUUGAUCCCAUAGGGAUGUCAGGUGAUGGAGGGCCAGAGGGAACUUUAUAAAAUUGAUUAUAUAUGUUAUGAGAAAAGUGCUGAAAUUAAAAGCAUGUGAGAUUACAUGCUUUUGACCAUUGUAACAGAUUAUAGCUCUAUUGUUAGUACUCGGAUGUAAGUAUGGUCUGCCUCAAGUCGCCAGGGAUGCCAGUUUUGUUGGUUUGUUUCAGAAUGACUCUAGAUCAUAUCUAUACAGGGUCAUUUAAAACAUACCUCAGCUUGUAUCUAAAGAAAUAGUCAUUCAGAAUUGCUCCUACUCAAUUUUAAUUACAUCCAGGAACCUUUUAAGAAUGCUAGAGAACAAACUUAUUCUUAAGUAACACUAGUUGCUGACAAUUUUUCUUUUUUAUGUCCAGGUUAACAGUUACCCAUAUGCUUUUUCAUUCUAUCAAAAAUUUGGUAGGCAACACUAAACUGGAGGCAAGGUGAUCUGCAUUGUUCUGAUAAAGGAACCCUUGGCAAUGAAUUUUGUAAUUUCAUUGUAAAAAAUGGUAGUUAGUUAAAACCUGGGAGCAAUAGAAAUGUGCUGUUUAGAUUUGACACUUGAUCCUUGUGAAGCUGCCUCGCUCCAACAUGAAGGAACAGCUCAUCUAUGAAGUGGUUAGCAGUCUGGGGAAACUUGAUCAAAAAUAAUUCAGUCAAAUUUGCACAUAACGCUUUCAUGAGAAACAAAACUAAGUGGCUAUGGUCAGCAGUAAUUAUCCACUUACCACAAUAAUUUGAUGGAUUGGUUUGCUUUGUGAUUUAUAUGCUCUGUACAAUACAUCACAUAUUUAAUGCUCCCUACCAGCCACUUGGAACCAAAAAGAAUAAAACAAAGAACUGUGGAUGCUGGAGGUCUGAAACAAACCAAACAGAAUUUUCUGCAGAAACUCAACAGGUCUGGCAGCAUCUGUGGAGAGAAAACAAAGUUAGUGUUUUGAGUCUGAAGAGUCACUGAUCUCAAAAUGUUAUCUCUGUUUUCUCUCUACACACGCUGCCAGACCUGUUGAGUUUCUCCAGCAAUUUCUGGCUUUGCACAGAAUAUUGUUCUCUGCUAUUCUCAAAACUGCUCCUUUUUAUGAAUGUUAAAAAAUACUGCCACACUGGCUGAAAGCCUUGAUAUAUAUACACUGGAGUGGUCUUGUGCUAGUUGAGCAUGAGAUCUGAGAGCUUACUUAGUUUUUGAUAUUGAAGGUUGUUGCUUGCAACAGAACCACUUGGUCAAUUUUGCUGAGCCAGUAAUGUAAUUACAUAUUAAAGAAGUGGAAAUGAUGGGCAUUUGGAUGACAAAUUGAGAAUGCUGUAAACAUGAAAAUUCAUCCAACAUCUGUUCAGCGCAGAGGUCAGUGUUUCAAGCAUGGUUCUGCAGAACCGAGCAUCACUUCAGCUUAUCAAUAAUGCCAAAACCAUGAUUAAAAAUUAAUAUCAUCGGUAUAACCUUUCAGCAAAAACAGUUACGACAUUGACUUACACCGAAGAUGGUUAUCUUUGAUUUCACCUUCAAAUGUUGAACUGCCUGCAAUGAGCUUCCAAAAAUUCCUGACAUUGUAAAAGAAAAAUAAUUUCAGAAUUCACAGCAUUCGCAACAAUCUGGAAAUCAUUUUGGUUUUACCUGCUGAACUCUGUAUUGCAAUUGACUAAUCUAAAAGCCAACAUUGCUACAUGUAAUCAAUUAUUCCAAAUCUAUUCCAAUUAUCAGAAAUUUAAACUGGUGCUGAUUUAAUUUUUGGGAUUCUAGCAACCCAGAAAUAUGAUUAUUAUUGCUACUGAUUACUACCUAAUGGAGUGGAACAAAGAAGUGCAGGGGCUCAUUUUAAAAGUAAGGACUUUAAAAGUGAGCGCAGGAAAUUUGACCAGUUACAAAAUGGUUAUGUGAAGGAAUCUGAGUAAUUUUUUUAGCAGUGUACUCGUAUCAUUCAGUUCAGGGCCUGUGCCUAAACCUCGCACUCCAGAAAUUAAUGAACAUUGUAGAAACUUGAAUUUUUGGCAUUUGGGAAAACCAAUUUGUCAUUUAAAUUUGCACCUCUUUAUUCUCAUUGGGUGAGGACAGGACAUUUUGGGGUACUACAUGCUUCAGUUGACCAUGUUAAAUUGCAUUGUUGUUAAAGUUAGUAGUAAUUUACUUGAAUUCAAUUUAGACAGCCACAUUGCAUCACUACAACUGCUGAAAUUGGUGGUUUCAAAGCACGAGUGAAAAUAUAAUUUGGAAUCUAAAUGCUACCUUAAAAGUUAACUGUAAUAACCUGAGAAAAUAGAUGCUGUCAGGUCUAAAGCUCCUAUCUGUUUAUGAAAAGGACUUUUUAUAUUUGCACCAACUGGAUUUAGCUGGUCAGGUGAUAUACUCCUUUUUUGGCCUUUAGUUUGGAGUUGGUAUUACUUUUACAUUCAUUACAUUUUAAAUUUUUGGGACAUGUUUAUAUUAAGUCUUUGAAAGUUAAUGUACUGAGAUCAUGAGCAUUCAUUGAUAGCAAGCUUUAGGGCUGGAAGGAAGGUAGUGAAGGCUUCUUCUAAACCAAAACACAGGCUUUUGUUUGAACAAUUAUUCUCUAAUAAAUAUUUAUUUAUUAAGGAAUGAAAGCUAGUUGAAUUUAUUUCUUAUCAAGCAGAAGCAGUUGACUUAUUUUUCUUUUCUCUUCAUAAGACUGUAAAUUACUUUUUAAAUUAUAAUCUGAGCUUUUGUAGCCUUUUGUUUUUCGCCUUUAUAUUUUCUUUCCAAAAGGAGCAGCAACUUUUAUUUUCUUGCCAUUAGUCACGGUGCGGGGGGCGGAGGGCGGCAAGGCAACUGCAUACUGGCUGGCUGAACUAGUUGACAAGCUUAUUUCUGUCUUAAGCAAAGUAGGAUCACCAGCAAUUCCCCCCUCCUCCUCAUCCCUGUGCACAGUUCUGCUCAAUGCUAAUCCAUAGAUGGGACUGGGAACCACGUUUAGCCACUUGGCUUGAGUCCAAAAUUGAGACAAAUGUUUAUGUUUUAUUGUUCUUUCAUAGGUUAUUUCCAUUACUAGUGUCUGAUCCUGAAACACCCUACGUUUUCGUGUGCGUACAAUGAAGGUGAAUUAUUUUCUCCUCGGCUGUGCAGGCUUUGAAUUAUGUAGAAUUGACAAAUGCUGGCAGAUGAAAGAAGGGCCAGAAAUCAGUCCUUUGAUUGUACCUUUGCAAUUCCUGUCUAUGGGAAUCAGUCUGCCUUCCUUAAUGCUCUGCCUGGUCUAAAUCCCACAUUAAUACUUUUAUUUCUUCAUUCAGACUUUACUGCAGUAAUGACAGCCUGUAUGGCAAUUAUCUUGUUUUUGUAAUGUCACUCUGGUUACCGUUCAGCUGGCUAUGUUAAGCUUUACCUUUGAUAAUGUAAAUAUAACUCAAGUACUGAUACUAUGCUUUUGCAGUUUCCACAUGAAAUGAAUGAAUGCUUUUUCAACGUUUCUAUCCAGGCGUGGUUCCACUUUCUUCGAUGCUAGACGUCCAUUGCCUGAAAGCUAAAACAAUGUUUAUUUAAUGUCCAAAUGUUUAGAAGCAACAAUUCAGAAAGCAUUUACUAAGAAGGGAGAUGAGUAUUUCCCCUUUUUAAAUGAAAAAUUAAUUAGGCUGCUAAAUGCCUGUCAUAUUGUUGUCCCCACCACUGAUAAACACAUUGGUCUUUCAGUCAUUUGUCAUUUAUGGAACCUUGAUAUAUGUACAUCCUGUGUUAACUACUUGAACAGCAUACGGUUGAUUGUAUGCACCUCGGUAUGCCUUGAGGCUGUGCUGAAGUGCAGGUUUGUUUUUGACUAGUAAACAUGAGUCAUAGAGCCCAAUAUAGGAGACCCCUCCAAACCAAGGUUUUUGACUAGAUAAGGAUUGAUGGAGAUUUUGUUUUAUUGCUGUUGGCUGAUUUUUGAGGUGGUAUUGGUGCCUUUACCCAUCCACUGCAUAUCGUUGAUUCGUGCUUUUCUGUCAACAGUUAACCUCAAUGACCAUUGUUGAAACCUGUUUCUAACCUAGAGAUUGUUCUUUGCCUAUGCUGACAUGUAAUUGCUGCUGAUUCCUUUCUUAUUCAUAACUUUAAAUAAUCAAACUUUAAAAUAAUUGUUCCACUAAUCAAAAGAGAGUUGGGCUUCCAUGAGAGAGUAGGCAGAGUUGAUGUUUGAUCCAACUGGCUGUUGGAAGAAGCUGAAAUUAACCACAGUGAAAGUUUCUUUGGAAGACAGAAUGACAUUGCUUUCGCUUCAUGGCUGCAUUAGACAAACCUUUCCUGGGCAUGUUGCCUAUUGAUUUUAUUUUUCUUUUCCUCCAAUCUCUAUUUUAUACAACUAAUGAGACUAAUCUUCAUUUGACAUCUGGACUAUUGACUUAUUGGCAUACAUUAUCUUUUACCCUUGGCAUAUUUUGCCUGAUCUCAACCAUUUUGAGUUUUACAUUCUGUACAGGCCAAUGAAAAGGGUGUGUUACCUUGAGCUAGUUAGUAUUGGUGGGUAACCCAGUUUUUGAAUUUUCUAUAAAUAAUCAUGCUAUUCAACAUUUUUUUCACCACAUUUGUUCAGUCAAAUGUAAAGUAAAUCAGGGUUAGUACAUGAUCUAUCUUUGGUAGAACUGUAUAUCAAGAACAUAUUGCACAACUUGUUAAUCUUGUGACAUGUUUUACCCUUCAGUUUGUCACUUGUGCUUCCUUUUCCAGUUCUAUUAGAGACGUUUCAAUCUUACUGCACUCCCUUAUAACUAAAACCUACAGAUCACCUUCAGAUUAAUAAUUGAGCAUUGCAAUUGGAAUGGCUAUUGCACUGUUGAACUGGGAGGUUUUUUUGGGAAUGCAUAAUAGAGUGUGAUUAUCAAAUUGAAAAUGAAUACUUCAGUCUUCUUGGAAGGGGAGUGCAGAGUUUGGUCUUUGGUAAUAAGUUUAAAACAUUCUAAUUAGCUGUUGCAAUCAAGUAAAAUUAGUGAAGUUUUAUUUUAAUGACUAAUUUGGAUCAAACCUUCAAAUCAGAGCAUGAAAUAGUAACAGAUAGAGCUGGAAACUUGUGUUUGUCUCAAAUUGUUUUGGAAGUCAUUAAGUUAUGUAUGGGGAAACUUGUUUUAACACAGAAGAAUGCGAAGCCAGUUGUAUAUUGCGAAGUGUUUCAGACAGCAAGUGAUGUGAAAAAUUGCUGCGUUGCCAGGUUUAUCAUGUUGCAAAAAAUGUGGAAGCAGUGAUUUUGUUCACAUUAUUUUCAAUGAGAGGGAUAUAAAAUCUAUAAGAAUUAACGGUUCUUUGCAGAAAACAACAUUGGUGAUUGCACUGUUGAGAAGUAACUUUGGACUUUAGUAACUGUGUCUUACAUUACAAACAUGCAGUAAGUCUAUCAGCAUGUGAGUAGAAACAAAAUUAACUAAAUGGGGGUUCGUAAUCUCCCUUCAUUGCUUCCAGAUGCUAAUGGACUUAUUGAGUAUUCCCAUAAUCUUUUGUCGUUUAUUUCAGGAAUUGAUCAUAUGCUGUAUUGAAUGCUUCCUCUCAAAAAUCAUUUUCAUUUUCAUCUCAUUGUCAAGAGGGUAGCAAUAUUAGUCUCUUGAAAACAAGCUUAAACUAUGAUGAGGUGGAGGUAAAGGAAAAUCUUGGGAUGUGGUUAAAUUCUAGUGAAACCACUGCAAAAAGGCUGAAAGAUAAUGCUCUGUGAACAGCAUGUGAAGUGGCCAUAGAGUGCCAUUUAAUGUGCACAAUUUUUUAAAAAAUGUGCAUGCAUUGUCUUUUAGAAGAUAGCUAACUUACAUAAUUGCUGAAUUUAGUCAAAUGGGCUGUCUGAUGGGGGAGAAAAACAACUGGAAUAACAUUCUGGAGCCACGUGGACUUGUGCAUUUAAUUGAUCUGGUCUUUGUUGAUACAAAUCAAAUACUGUUUCGGAUAGUUACAGCUAAAAUAGCUGUGUAUAGUAAAAGGAGAUGCAUAAAUUUUUUGUUUGAAUAAGAAAGUGAUCAAUUAAUACAAAUACUAAACCUGUCCUUGGAACUAAUAUUUUUGGAAUCCAGAAAGAGGAUAACUGAGCAAUUUAAAUAGGCACCUUUUUCUGGAAAAGGAGUUGAUAUUUUGGAAAUUAUUUGCAUAACUUGCCAAUUGUUUCUAACACUGCAUUGCAAAAAUAAAGAAAGUCACUGACAUCCGAGGGAUCAAGCAUUACAACAAGUAUUUAGAAUCCCAAAAUGGAAUUGGAUUUUAUCAUUGGUUUGGAGAUUGAAUUCCACAAUUCUUGUUUUACUGUAAAACAGAAAUCUUACAAUCCCUGUUGGUUUUGCUAUUCCAGUGUUGAUGGUAAACCCUUCAUGAUUACUGUUUGCCAGAAGAGUGCUAAAUCCCUUGCUCUCAUCUCCUUCCCUCCCAACUCUGUAAAUAUGCCCUAACUUCUCAGAUGUGUACAGCAGAACAUCUGUACUUGAAGACAAGACAGUGUGGACUGCAGGUCAGGCAGCAUCAGCAGAGCAGUUUCAGGUUGGGUGGCCUGCUGUGUUCUCCAGCUCCACACUGUUGUCUCUGACUCAAGCAUCUGCAGUUCUUGCUCUGUUUGUACGUGAAACCUUGGGACCAGAUGCUUAAUAGUCUUGUCCUGAUGUAUCAUUUCCCUGAUCACUGAAUAUGUGUUGAUCCUGAACCAUGAGCUGUGGAAACGCACACUGCAUCAGAUAAGCUAAUGGCUAAUUUUUCUGUGAAGUCUUGACAUGCCGCUUCCAGAAUGUUCUUCCUGUACUCUUACUUCCAUGUGCAUAAAAUUAGUAGUUUGUUAAUAUGUAUAAUUUAGCAUCGAUUGCACUGGUAUGUAAAUAUUGAGUAAGUAUUGUAAACUGUUUUACUCCGAGGGGGAUUGUUGAGGGGUAACAUUUAGGAUUGCACUUUUUCAUAUAAUUUUUUGUAUUGUAAAAUAACAGCUAAUUUAAUGGUUGAAAUUUGAAUUGAAAUAGAAAUAAUGAAGAACUUCAAAGUGGGGGAAAAUUACUGUAAUACACAUGUAAAUA